CCACUUUUUUUUAGAGUCAUAUUUUUCAGUCAAAAUUUUUGCGAAUUUAAUCCAUCUCUCGAUUUUUACUUACGUAUAAGAAAGAAGUCCAUUUAAAACUUGGAUUUAGUCAUUCAUGAGACAAGGGCGUCCUUCAUUUCUGCGGGUGCAAUUCUUCUUAUAACUCUCAUACAAACAAAGUAAGUAGUGUUAUAAAAAUCGAAGAAUUGGAUUUUUUGUGUAAUCGAUGAACAAGGAAGCUAAAGCGAUCCACAAUUCCACACUGCUCUAACUAACAAACAACAUAUAGCUUUUGCCAAACCAAACCAUCACCACGCUACACAAAGCAGUGCGAACAAAGGAGCAAAAUAGCUGCUGCAUAUGUUAGACUACAUAAAAUUAAAAUAACGCACUUGAGUAUUUAAACAAUUAAAAAUUUUCCUUAUAAUUUGACCAUCAGAACAUCAAUUUUUGGGAAAAAACGACUGAAAUUUAGGUAUCUGCAGGGAUUCCAAGAAAUUGGUGUUAAAGCAAUUAUAACUUACCCUACAACUUGACCAUCAAAACAUCAAUUUUUUGAGAAAAGGAGUGAAAUUUUGGAAAUUUUUGGGAUUUCGAGAAAUUGCAUAACCGUGGAUUCCAUACCGUCGUCGGAGGCGGAGGAUGAGACGACGAGUCUGGGCUGGCGCGAUAGCUUGAGCGACGUGUCGUCCCAUGUUUUUGAGGAGUUUUCUCUCCUGCUCAACAAUCUGUUCCACUUUCUCCAGAACAAUGGCAUCGCGAAAUGGACCUACUGUUAGUGGGACGGAUGGGAACGACUUUCUCCACCGCCAAAAGGUCGCCACACAGUAUCAGCUCAGCUCAGUGAACAAAUCUCGCCUAAAAACAUGCAUAUUUGUCCACAUCGUCCUCUUCUUGGUGAUGCUGUUCAAAUUGCUGCCAGAUAUUCUGGACCGAGUUGAUAUCUUUGUAAUGGAAGUGGAGGAGCUGGAAAUACCAAAGCCUCUGAAAUGGGAAUAUUGGUGGUGUGUGAGCCUCCCGGUCGCAUUUGUGGGGCUCUCGUCCAUCCGAAAGAACAAUGUUCAGUCGUUGCAAAUCUACCUCGGGGGAAUUACUGCGAAUGGACUCAUCCCCGUCCUCUACGCUCUCUACUACUACUUUGGUGAUGUCUACAAAUAUAUCGACACUCGCUCUACAAAAGGAAUUCAGACUUGGAUGGGGUAUCCGUACGCCAUCCUGUGGUAUGCAUUUCUCGUGGUGGCACUUCAAGUUCAUGGGGCAUCAAUUUUCUUCUCGUCAAAACUGGUCAGCGCUUGGAGACUAAAGAAAACAACUUGAUCGAAAAAGUCAGGAUAUACAUACAUACGGAAUCUGAUGAUAUACGGAAUUGUGGAAUCCCGCACACCGCACAGCUCAUUAAAUUAUAACAAUGAUAAUAAUAUAAUGUUGAAGAUGUCAAGACGAGAUGAACUAUAACGAAGAAACCAUAUCAUUACGUACACACCACUUUUAUUGUUUCCCAAUCCUUGUCCUGUCUUUUAGAAUGAUAUACUGAUAAGUUAUCCUCUCCCUUAAUUUUCUCUUCUUUUUCUUCAAAAAAUAUAUUAUUAGAAAUUUCAAUUAUUGUUCUAUAUGGUUCACCAAAACCAACUUAUUCAAUUCCAUUUCAACACUGCCAGUGAAAGUUUGACUACUGGCAAUUUAUUUAAAGAGAAAAUAAGCCUUCACUGUAUAACACUGUCGUUCUGAAAGUAACACUACUAUGAUUAUGCAUGGUAUUUAAUUAAGUGAUUUAAUGCCUUGCCUCACAAACAAUCAUUAAUCGUGUCAACGCCAAACAAGUAACAACCCAUCCGCAUUGUUAUUAAUGGGUUACAUGGAUCACUCAACUUACUUAAUGGAUAAGAAUUAUGAUUAUUUAAGCAGGCAUAAUUAAUUGUGUAAGCCAGCCCAAUGUCUUUGGUGAUGGUUAUAUAUUUAACUUAUCUCAAUGAUCUUGAUAAUUCCUCUUCUGAUAUUGUUGCAUGUUGUGACCUUACUUAUACUCCUGCUUGGAAAAGGAAACAAAAUUUCGACAAUGGGAAACAAGAACCUGAAAGAAUAUCACCAAUAAAGCAUUUAAAGGUUGGACAAUCGUUAGAUGAGAAUAUACGUAAAUUUUACACACAAGUCAAGUACGCACUUGUCAGAGCUUAACUUUAAAUAGUGUAGCUUAUUGUACAAUUGUUAAAUGUGUUAUGGGUUAUAUUCUUCUUCUUUUUUAAUUAAGGGUUCGCAUUGUUGUUGUUGUUCACUCACAUUGUCAUUGUUGUUUGUGAUUUCAAGUGUUUAAUGACCACCGUUAAAAAAAGUUGGAAAUAAAUUAUUCAUGUUACUUCACGGAUAAUCAUUCAAUACA